AUGGCGCUUGUAGUUCAACCGACCUUAUUGGAGAGGAUCGAGAAUCUUCAAUUUGCGGACCCGACUCUCCAGAAGGUGCAGCACAAUAUUGAUAGUGGCCAUGUGGCUUACCGACUUGCAUUGCCGCCAAAGCUUGCUGGUGUGCACAACGUAUUCCACGUCUCCAAUCUCCGCAAGUACAUGCAUGACCCCGAGCAUGUCUUGGUGUAUGAGCCGCCGGAAUUGCAAGAAGAUAUGAGUUACGAAGAGUUUCCGGUGGAGGUUCUAGCUCGAGAGGUGCGCAAGCUGAGGAAUCGCGAGAUCCCUUAUGUUAAGGUCCGGUGGAGCCAUCAUAGUGAUCGCGAAGCCACUUGUGAGCUCGAGGAAGAGAUGAAAGUGCAGCAUCCUCACUUGUUUGAAGUUUGA